AUGGUGGUCGUGGAGGCAGCGGCGCCCUGGCAGUACUACCUGCGCUCCCCACAGAUCACCGCGCUCGCGCGGCGCCGUCAGGAGAUGAUCUCAGCAAUGGGCUUCAACCUACAGGUCAUCCCGUAUUUUCGCUGGGACACCCUCAAGGACGAUUCUGCAAAAGCGGAACUUCUGAAGAAGCAAUUGCCCAAGGAAUCCUCCACUCGCAAGCCAUCGCGACUUGUGGCCCCAAUGUCCGUUGCAUCGCGGGUGCAUCGCUUCAAGGCUCUGCAAGAUGUCUUGGCUGCAUUGGUCGUGGACGAAGACGAUGUUGCUGGUGCCGUCCAGGAUGUGCCGCGCGACUUGUCACGGGAAGCUAUGGAGCCACAGGUUUCCCGUCUGGUCGGCACGCGGCAAGUGAUGGCUUCGGAGGUCGCGCUGGCGAGCCUGUCCACGCUACUUCCCGACUCCGUGAUUCAGCAGGCCUUGGCCCUCGUGGACUCCAAGAGCAUCCACUUGGUGACCAGCCAGCUGGGUCGGAAGGCCUACGAGGUACGUGGCCAGAAGGCCUCGCACUUCGUCCUGGCACGGGGCCUCUACUGCUCUUGUCCAUACUUCGGGCGACGAGUGAUCGAGGCCGGGGAGCUUUGCUGCAAGCAUUGGCUGGCAGUCCAAGUGGCGCAGCGCUGCGGCACGGGGAUCGGCUCCUCCGAAUGCCUGCAGGAAGACGAGUUCUUGGACUGGUCUCGGCAGCGCAUGCUGGGAUGCCAGCCUGCAUGA